AUGAGUCCGUCCACAUUCCGUAUACCAAGGACUUACAGUGAAGCGAUCUUCACCCCGGAACGCCAAGAGCAGAGAGACUACAUCAAGCUUGUUGCAGCAGCCCUUCAUAAUGACUGCAAAAAGAUCGAGUCUCUUGUAGAGGAAGGCAGAGUACUUCUCGAACCCCGUCACGGCCGCGGUCACCAAGCCUCCCUCAGGCUAUUUGUCAACCUGGCGCUGGCAUCACUUCAUCGAGUAGUUAUCAGGAGUAAUAUCGACUUGGUUGAGUAUCUGAUAGCCUGCGGUGCUGAGGUGAAGGCUCUGGAUGUUCGAGAAGAAACACCACGGACUCUGGCUGUAAGAAACCACGACGUGAAGAUGUGUGGGAUUCUUGUCAAGGCUGGUGCAAAUGUUUAUAUACGUAGUUAUAACGGGGAGACUCUACUAUAUGAAGCCGCUGCGGGUGGUAAAGCUAAGAUCACAGAGAUUGGGGAUAUUCUUCGACACAGAGGCGCCAAGACUAGUGCUGAGCUGUAUUCGCAGUAUGGCGCGCCUCACUACUCGCCUUUUAGCCAGUUUGAAUUGAGAGACAAAGAGAGUCAUAGUGAGUCCGGAGAAGAAGAGUGUAGCAGUGGAUCGGGAGAAGAAGACGAUAGUAGCGAGUACGAAGAGGAGAGUCACAGUAAGGAGGGUAUCCCUUGA